AUGACACCCACCUGCACCAACAGCACACGUGAAAACAACAGCAGCCACACGUGCAUGCCCCUCUCCAAAAUGCCCAUCAGCCUGGUUCACGGCAUCAUCCGCUCCAGCGUGCUGCUCAUCUUCCUCACCGCCUCACUGGUCGGCAACAUAGUGUUGGCCCUUGUGUUGCAGCGCAAGCCGCAGAUGCUACAGGUGACCAACCGCUUCAUCUUUAACCUCCUGGUCACUGAUCUGCUGCAAGUUUCACUCGUGGCCCCCUGGGUAGUGGCUGCCUCCGUGCCUCUCUUCUGGCCCCUCAACAGCCAUUUCUGUACGGCUCUGAUUAGCCUCACUCACCUGUUCGCCUUUGCCAGUGUCAACACCAUCGUCGUGGUGUCUGUGGAUCGCUACCUGUCCAUCAUCCACCCUCUCUCCUACCCUUCUAAGAUGACUCCGCGCCGGGGUUACAUGCUCCUCUAUGGCACCUGGAUCGUGGCCAUCCUGCAGAGCACACCUCCACUCUAUGGCUGGGGCCAGGCUGCCUUUGACGAGCGCAAUGCCCUCUGCUCCAUGAUCUGGGGGGCCAGUCCCAGCUACACCAUUCUCAGCGUGGUGUCUUUUAUCAUCAUUCCACUGGUUGUCAUGAUUGCCUGCUACUCUGUGGUGUUUAGUGCAGCCCAACGGCAGCAUGCUCUUCUGUACAAUGUGAAGAGCCACAGCUUGGAGGUUCGAGCCAAGGACCAUGUAGAGCAUGAGGAUGAAGAGGGAGGGAAGAAGGAAGAGUUCUAUGGUGAGAGCGGGUUCCACGGCCAGAAUGAAGGUGAGCUCAAGGCCAAGGAGGGCAGCAUGAAAGCCAAGGAUGGCAGCACAAUGGCCAAGAAAGGGAGCAUCGGGAACAAUGAGGGUAGCUUGGAAGCCAAAGGCAGCAAGGAAGUCAGAGAAAGCAGCUUGGUAGCCAGCAACGGCAGCAUGGAGGGUAAGGAAGGCAGCACCAAAAUUGAGAGCGGCAUGAAAGCAAACAAGGGCCGCAUAGAGGUCAACCAGUGCAACAUUGACUUGGGUGAAGAUGACAUAGAGUUUGAUGAGGAUGACAUCAAUUUCAGUGAGGAUGACAUCGAGGCAGUGAACAUCCCAGAGAGUCUCCCACCAAGUCGUCGAAACAGUAAUGACAAUCCUCUGCCCAGGUGCUAUGAGUGCAAAGCUGCUAAAGUGAUCUUCCUCAUCAUUUUCUCCUACGUGCUAUCCCUGGGGCCCUACUGCUUUCUAGCAGUCCUGGCUGUGUGGGUGGAUGUCCAAACCAAGGUACCCCAGUGGGUGAUCACCAUAAUAAUUUGGCUUUUCUUCCUGCAGUGCUGCAUCCAUCCCUACAUCUAUGGGUAUAUGCACAAGACCAUCAAGAAGGAAAUCCAGGAUAUGCUGAAGAAGUUUUUCUGCAAGGAAAAGCCCCCAAAAGAAGACAGCCACCCAGACCUGCCUGGGACUGAAGCCGGCACAGAGGGUGGGACUGAAGGCAAGACUGUUCCUUCUCAUGAUUCUGCCACUUCCCCUUGA